GAACUCCAAUAUUCAAGAUGCGAAUUCAUUCUGGGUUGGCUGCGGCUUCCUUGUUCGCUGCUGCAACUGCCCUAAUUUCCAAUGGCACAACCGAAACCGUCACCGUCACUCGUACAUCUUGGUCAACACUCCUUUCUUGCCCCUCUCCGACGACCGUCACUGUGUGUAAUGCUCAGUGUCCAACAUCGUCCGAAUUCGCCAACAACGCCAACAUCGUUUACCAGACAAUAUCGAGUUACCAAGCUGGACAGGUCGUCAUCAUUGCUGGUACUGCAACCACUCUCGCCGAGCCUACUGUUUUGACCGUUGAACAAACUAUCAAUAAUCUUGUCCUCGUUCCGGGCACAGCAACCGAAAGUGACUUGACUGCCGCAGCGACAGUCACGAACAUCGUCUAUCCAACAUCAAUCACCGGCGUCAGUGGUCAAGUGAUUACGUGCCAGACUGGUGUCACGACUCUCAGCCACGAUGGUGUUGUUCUCACCAAUUGCCCCUGCACGGUGCAGUCCACUGUCCUCGAGCUGACCGCAACUGGGUCUGGACCAAUUCCUACUGCCAUAGUAUCUUCGAGUAACUAUAUUGUCAAGAUCAUCUAUGUGUAUGUCGUUGAGAUCAUCGUUGAGCAAGUUCCAACGACCAUCACAACAACUGCAACCAGUGUCCUUGCCACAACCGCGGGAGAGACUGCAACGACUACAGGCAGCGCAUUGCCUACAAUCGUGUCUGUCGAAAGCGUUACUUUUCUGCUCGAGUACGACUCGACAUACGAUGGAGUUGCUGAUACUGGACUACGCAAGCGUCAGGCAUUCGGCUCGCCUUUGAUCCCUGAUGCUCUCAACAAUUGCCUUGCCAGAUGUGCUGAGCAAGUGGACUGCCGAGCUGCCUCUUUCGUGAGAUCCACAUGCACUUCUCUUCGGCAGUUUGAUGCGCAAAGCCGAAGAGUUUCCCCCAACGAGAUCUUUGCUAUUGUCAUCUACAGGCCGUCUGCGCCGGCAGGAUCGAGUUCAUCAUCAAAUGUUGUCUCACCAUCAGGCUCAGCAACGUCGAUUGGCCUCGAAUCUUCCUCAAGCUCCAGGAUCUCCUCAAGCUCCAGAACUUCCUCAAGCUCCGGAGUCUCGUCAAGCUCCGGAGUCUCGUCAAGCUCCGGAGUCUCGUCAAGCUCCAGGAUCUCGUCAAGCUUCAGGAUCUCGUCAAGCUCCAGAGUGUCCUCAAGCUCCAAAGUCUCCUCAAGCCUGCUAGAGAGUAUGACCCCCAGCAGUUCGGACUUGUCGACAAGCUUGGGAACUAGCAGUUCAGCAGGAACAUCCAGCUCAAGUACCAAUCUCAUCUCCAGAUCGAGCAGCCGAAUCAGCUCCAGUAGUGCGAGAUAUCCUAUGUCCAACAGUUCAAUCAGCUCGACAACUCUGAUUCCCUCCUCUGCGACCUCAUCGCCCAUCGUAUUCUCCUCCUCCUCAUCCUUAACAUCAUCAUCAUCAUCAACAUCAUCAUCAUCAUCAUCAUUAACAUCAUCAUCAUCAUCAUCAUCAUCAUCAUCGGCAAGUUCUACAUCACUUGCUUCAUUGACUGGAUGCGCAUAUCCUCCUGCCAUAUCUUACUGUUCUUCAUCAUAUCCUGCGACGACCUACACUAGCCUGUUCGAUGCCACAUUCAUGGAUACUAUUACUAAUAUAGGAAUUGCCUCUACUAUGUACGGCAACGUCACUCUACCAGCCGAGACACUCGUACAAACCAUUGAAGAAACAAUCACCCAGACCAGUUUCUUCCCGGUAGAGGCGACAGAAACAGAUACAACAACAAUAGUCAACACACUAAAACGUAAUGGCAGCACCACAACUGUAUCCAGUACCCCUGCAGCUUUACAGAGAAGACGAACAAGUGCCGCACCUGCGGCCAGCAUUUUCACGAGCCUCUUGUCUCGUCCGGCUUCAGACAUUGCCCUUGUGUGCUCUUGCUUGCAGACCCCAGUGACAGACUCAAUUACGAGAACGGUGACGGUCUUGAGCACAACAACUUCCACGCCAAUCAUUAGUGCCAACAUGACCUUCACGCCUCCAAUCAUGACUCUGCAAAUCACCGAGACGAACACCGAAAUCACCGACGUGACCACGACCACAGCGACAACAACGAGUACUGAGGUAGUCACAGUAUUGAUCAUCUCAGUGACUUCCAGCUACGCGAGUACAUAUACCACGGUCCAGGCCACGCCUACUACAGAUGUCGAGACCAUCACAACAUGCACAGUAGGCACGGUAUCUCCAGUUGGGAAUUGUCAGAACACGGUCUAUUCGGCCGCUGGCAAAUACUACAGCGAACAAUGCGACAGUCCAGUCGUCACUGGAUCAGUCCGUCUCAACAUUUUUGGGGUCACCAAUGUCAACCAAUGCCUGAGCUUCCUUAACGCCUUUCCGGCCUACUCCGGCAAUCUAGCUGCCUACGUUCCUACGGCCACUCAUUGCUAUCUCGUGCAAACUACGGCUACACCUGCUACCACCCUUGGCCCUGGAAUCCAAGCAGUUGCCGUGUAUAGUACGAAUCCGUGUGUGGCUACCGUUACAAGCACUGGGACCGGAUACUCCACCGAAACGAUCACUUCUCAGAUGGUCACCGUGUUUGAAUCCACCGUCACAAGCGCGGCUACGUCUGCU